AAAGCCUAUUCCUAUUCUAUGAUUAAACAAAUAUAGUUUAUCUUUUCUUCUUGCUGCCUUACCAGUUCUAAUUUCUGGAAAACCAAGAUCCCGUUUAAGGGUUUUCAUUUUUAUGUUGUUUAGCAUGGAAGGUGAUUGUUGCUCAAGUUCAAGUUGGACGAGCGGGGAGAGGAGGAAGGUGCAAAGGCAACAGAAGAAGGAGAAACCAUUUAGAGGGAUAAGGAUGAGGAACUGGGGGAAGUGGGUGGCUGAAAUCAGGGAACCCAACAAGAGGUCCAGGAUUUGGCUCGGCUCUUACACUACACCUAUCGCCGCCGCCCGUGCCUACGACACCGCCGUGUUCUACUUGCGUGGCCCUUCCGCAAGGCUCAACUUCCCCGAUCUCAUUUUACAAGAAGAGGACCAACUUAGGGACAUCUCAGCCGCUUCCAUACGAAAGAAAGCAACCGAGGUCGGUGCUAAAGUCGACGCCUUGCAGGCGUCGCCGUCGCUUCAUAAUCAUGCUUCCGCAUCGGAAUCACCAGAUAAUACUCGUCGAGUUUUCCCGAAUCCUGAUUUGAAUAAGUACCCUGAAAGUUCUGAUGAAGAAUGAAUCCAUGUAACAGCGAUGAUUGAUGGAAAUAGACCCCCGAAAAGCAACUGUUCAUAGGUGCCAUUUUUUUCUUCUUUUGUGUUCAUCUCAUCGAAAUGGAAUCAAUGAAAAAUGGUUUGAUUCUGUUUGA